AUGGCUGAUCCCACCGUGAAGGUGGAAUUUGAUGGCAACGACAGCGAUGCCAGUGGUGAUGAGGGCCCUACGCUGCCACCACUGAAGGCCCGGCUGAUCCUGGCCAUGGAGGAGGUGACCGGUGAAUGGAAUAUGGGGAGAUUCAUCCACGACAAGUUCAACAAAGAUGAGGACUCAAGACGCCAAUUUGCCAAGGUCAUGUUGGACAUCUACAGUUUGCCGGAGGUGGCAGACCAUGUUGCAAAGAACUUCAAUGGUUCCCCUCCCCUAGUGCUGCAGUCGGUGCCAGUCACGGCCCGAAAAGGUGUCUACAUCCACCCGUGGCAAUUGUCAAUGGGUGAGGAUGCGAAAUAUGGCCAAGGGGGGAAGUGGCCCAGUAACGUGGCAAUCCGUUGUCACUUUCCAUCUGUAGUCCAACGUGGCUACGAGACGGAGAGGGAGCCGUUGGAAAUCAAGUUUGGAGAGGAUCUCUUUGGCUCUGGCAAGGACAUUCCUGUGUUCUCCAUCCAAUAUAUCGACGGUCACGCCAAGGCUGUGAUGAUUUUGUCAGUUUUUGCCCUCCUUGCCCACUUGGAGGUGCGGUUUGAGGACUUCGUUUCUGACCCUGAGAUGCUUGACCUCCUUGCCAGCUUAAAGUACAUCAGGGUGAACUACAACCACAUGUCUGCUGAGAAAGCUUUGUAUGAGGAAGCCAUUCGUUGCAAGCGCCUGAGCAAGCAGCGGGCUGCAGUUCGAGAUCUUCUGUCGAAUGCCAUUGCCGACUACAACAAGGGGACCCCGAACAAGGACGAUCUGAAGAAGGUGAUUUAUGGAGUUCUAAGAUGUCCUCCUCAACUCUUAGAUCUUUUGAAAGAAGCUGCAGAUCUUUACAAGUGGGAACAUGGAGCUGCUACCAUGAUGUGGGCACGUCGAGUACUGAGUGACUUCAUGAAGAAAGCUCCAGCGAAGUCCCCCGUGAAGCAGAAGAUUUGCUGCGUGUGGGUGGCCAUUCAAGAGCCCAUCAGGUUGCAUGUGGGCGACGCUGCCUAUCACCAGCUUGAUGAAAUGUUUGGCUCAGGGACUUUGGACCCAGAACUCCGAGCCCACUCGAAGGCCUCAGAGCCAGGAUGGGAUUGGCAAAAGCUGUCCUUCGUGCUGGAGAAGAAAGGCGAGGUGCAGGAUGAGGAGAUUUGCAAGGCUCAGAAGCGCAUCAAUUCAGCCCUGCAUAGCACCCUGCAAGCUGGCUAUGCCCUUUUCGAAACGAAUCUCCAAAAUGAUCAGUUGCAACAUCGACGUCCUGAUGACCAGACCGACACGUCGGGCGUCAUGGAGGCCAGGCUCCAGCCAUGGCUGGCAGAAUGCUUGGGUGGAUUCAAUGGUGGAGUGCGGCGUGCAGACAAUGAAUGCAUCAUCGGCAUCUUCAAUCUCACCACACAGGGUGUGCUUUCAGCCGACAAGUUGCACUUCGCACUCCAGCAGCUCACUACUCUCAGCCAUGCUUACCCCAGGACAUUUGUGGGCUUGGUGGUCAUGCCAAACCGAGCUGGAGAUUUGAAGACCAAUGGUUGUAAGCCGUCCGAGGUGAAGACUGAGGAUUCUGACCAGGAGCAGGAUGAAGAUGCCACUGCAGGUGGAAAAGACAACGAAUGCACCGAUGAUGACGAGGAUGAUUCGAAAGAUGCUGUGGCAGAGAGCAUUCUCAGGGACUUUAACUACAAGCUUCGGUGCAUGAUGAUGGAAAGGAACCGCAAGUUGACUGUAAAAACAGUCAUGGCCUCCUUCGAGCCCAGCUCAGUCUAUGGCAACAGAGUGGCAUGGCAGGAGCUUGUCUUGGUCACCUCGCAGGAUGGCAAAAACAUCUUUCACCGUACCCCGUUGUGGCGUCAAGGAUUGAUCAGUGACAUCUUGAUGCUGCCCAGGGGAGAGAUGGUAAAGCCACCGCGAGCAGAGGGUGCCAAAUAUGGUGGCGAAGGUCGCUUUACAAAAGUGCAAGAGAUGAAGCAGUUCUGCGGUGGCACCUCCUUCAUCUCCAAGAUUGUGGAGUCCUUGCAGCCAAGCAGUGAAACGCCAACAGUGCUUUUGGACCUUUUUGGGUUUGACGGGUGGCCUGGAACCUAUGCCAUUGCCCAGUCAGCACGAGGGAAAAAGGUGGCAUGUGCUACUGUGUGCCAUUCCAAAGCGGAAGCUGGCUUCGUGAGUGGAACUUUGAGCUCCAAGCUGUUUGGGAUGGCUCGCAAUGCUGAGUACAAGAUUGCUGGGUUUCCUGAUUUCUCUGGCGCCCUGACAGACCUGAAGCAGUUCCAGCGCUCUCCUCAACCGACCUAUGAGGUGACAGUUCCAUGUGGAAAUGGCGUUUUGGUGGUCAAGGAGUCCCUGAUCCAGUUUUGGACUGUCAAGCACCCUGACUUUUCUGACGCCAUGACAGCUCUUUUGGAGCAGCACAACAAGGAGUUCAACCCUGAUUGCAUCAAGCGUGGUGCUGAAAGUGAAGAAGUUCCUGAAGGGGAGGAAGAUAGCCCUCCAACCAAACGGUUGCGCCUAUCUGCAGCAUCAACACUGGCAGAUCUGGAGAACAAAUGUCCCGCCAGGAUCACUUUGAAUGCUGGAAGUUUUUCGCUCCACCUCGCUGAAGCUGAAGGGCAGUUGUGGAUUGGUUGUUCGGUGGCGCCCUACACUGUCCCCAUGAACACAGAGCUGUUUGGAUUUGGCAGUGGUGAUUUCGCCAAAGGAUCUGAAGCGCAAGAUCUGAUGACGGCUGAUGGCCGGUGGCUUCGCUACUUCAUGGACACGCCAGAGUCGCUGGUCAUCUUGGAGAAACAGCGCAAGACCCCAGAUCAUUUGGAAAACGCAGCCUUUUUCAACAAGGUGAUGACCCUCAACAACUUGCUCAAGUCUUUGGAGGAUGCUGCCGAGGUUGGUGUGCAACUGGCUGAACACCAGCUCAGCAAAGAUGAUGCUGGGAACUUUAAGGUCAAACCCAUUGACAACGUGUGCUUCGCUCUGGAUGCAGUGAGGCCCAGAAAGAAGCGCUCCAAGGUGCUUGGGUUAAAAACCAUGAUGUGUUCUGGGUUUAUGCUAUAG